ACUGCAUUUCACAAGGAACCAGAGAACCUCACGCUUCUUCUCUCUUUGACCUGGCGGUAAACCCAGAGUGGACGGACGGACAAACUGACAAAGACAUUCAUAGCAAAUGUGGAAUGUGGGCUUUGGUGGAAGCCUGCAUGUAAAACACCACGUGGGAGGCAGAGAGACGUAAACAGACAAAACCAGAGCGGGAAGAUAAAAGGAGGAAAAACAAGGAGAUCUGAAAAGUGAAAACCUGAAAUACAACAACCUGGACUUUGAACACCAGGCUGCGACGGGGAUAGUCAUGAUUGUGCUCAUGUUAAUGUUUGUGAUGACAAAGACAGCAGCGUCGGCGCCGGGCCCUGAGAUGGAAAUCAAACUUGGAGUUGAGACUGACUUCAAGCUGGACUUUGGGGUCACAGAGAUUCCCUCCAACAUCUCCAGCAACACCCAGUGUCUGGAAGUGGUGCAGACGCAGAUCACUGUGAUUUCCCAGGGAGCCUUCACCAGCCUGCAGCAUCUCAGGAAUCUCAUCAUAUUGAGGAACAACCUGCUGGAGAACAUCGGUGCGUUUGCCUUCGCCGGCCACCCUCGGCUCACACAUAUCUUAAUCUCUGAGAACGUUGCGUUGAAGAGUAUAGGAGCUUAUGCAUUCUCUGAUCUCCCUGAACUCACCAAGAUAACCAUAACAAAGUCAAAACACCUGAGACACAUCCACCAAGAUGCAUUCAAGAACAUUGUGAAACUACAGAAUCUGGCCAUCUCCAACACCGGACUGAGAACGUUUCCAAACUUGACCAAGAUCCACUCCAAAGCAAGCGACUUCCUGUUUCUCCUGCAAGACAACAUCCACAUAAAGGGAGUCCCUGCCAAUGCCUUCAGAGGCCUCUGCUCUCAGACCAUCACCGAGAUAGUGCUCAGCAGGAAUGGCAUCGAGAAGGUGGCAAGUGACGCCUUCAACGGCACGAAGAUGCACAGAUUAUACUUGGGAGGAAACAAACAGCUUACGGACAUCGAUCCCAACGCCUUCACGGGUUCCAGUGAGUUGGUGUUACUGGACAUUUCCAGGACGGCCCUCAGCUCCCUGCCGGUCUCCAUCCUCAGAGGACUCAAGACGCUGAAAGCUGAGUCCGCCCGUAAUCUGACAGAGCUUCCUCCUCCGCAGAGCUUCACCAAGCUCAGCGAGGCCAACCUGACCUACUCGUCACACUGCUGCGCCUUCCAAAGCAUGAACAGGAACGGAACGAGGUGGCACCCGCUGUGCUCCAAACCGGAGGCUCGGGAUCACCCUCACUUCCAAAGAGACUUCUGCUACAACUCGACCUCCAUCACCUGCAGACCGACCCCAGAUGACUUUAACCCCUGUGAGGACAUCAUGUCUGCUGUCUCCCUACGGGUCCUCAUCUGGAUCAUCUCCAUCCUCGCCUUGCUGGGGAACUCAGCCGUACUUCUGGUGUUGUUAGGCAGCCGCUCCAAACUGACUGUCCCUCGUUUCCUCAUGUGCCACUUGGCCUUCUCUGACCUCUGCAUGGGCAUCUACCUGGUCGUCAUAGCAACUUGGGACAUGCUCACACGUGGCCGCUACUACAACGACGCCAUAGAGUGGCAGACGGGCCUGGGCUGCAGUACUGCGGGCUUCUUUACGGUGUUUGCCAGUGAGCUGUCCGUGUUCACAUUAACCGCCAUCACACUGGAGCGCUGGCACACCAUCACACACGCUCUGCGUCUCGACCGUAAACUUCGCAUGAGACACGCGUGUAUCGUUAUGACAGCGGGAUGGAUCUUCUCCUCCCUCGCCGCUUUGCUGCCCACAGUCGGGGUCAGCAGCUACGGGAAGGUGAGUAUCUGCCUGCCCAUGGACGUGGAGUCUCUGCAGGCUCAGGUCUACGUGGUGUCUCUCCUCCUCCUCAACAUCCUGGCGUUCUUCUGUGUGUGCGGCUGUUACCUCAGCAUCUACCUGACCGUCCGCAACCCUUCGUCUGCGCCGGCCCACGCCGACACCCGCGUGGCCCAACGCAUGGCCAUCCUCAUCUUCACUGACUUCCUCUGCAUGGCUCCCAUCUCCUUCUUUGCUGUCUCAGCCGCCCUCAAGCUCCCGCUCAUCGGGGUGUCAGACGCCAAACUCCUGCUGGUGCUCUUCUACCCGAUCAACUCGUGCUCCAACCCCUUCCUGUACGCCUUCUUCACCCGCACCUUUAGGCGGGAUUUCUUUCUCCUCACCGCUCGCUUCGGCCUGUUUAAAACACGGGCGCAGAUUUACCGGACAGAGAGUUCCUCCUGCCAGCAGCCGGCUUGGACCUCUCCGUAGAGCAGCCGCGUGAUGCCGUCCUCUUUGGCCAAUACUUUAAGUCUAGAUGGGACACAAGAGUGCUGACUGUCGUUCAGAAACCCACAGAGACAGGCUUCUUGUUGGAAUGUCAGGAGGGUCGUAUUUCUCUCCCUACACAAGUCCUAUUCGUCUACAGCAGAUAAAGAACACUCCUCUUAGGUCUGAUGGAGAUAUGGACAGAAUACAAUGCGCCCUUAAAGUUACAAGAAAUUCAACGUAGCCGAAGAGGUGCACUUCUUUUCAUGUUUGAAAGGUUGUGAAGACACCGAACAGACUGCUAAAUCCUCAAUAUGACGCCCAACUCAUGACACUGACUUUUGCUGGUUUUCAUGUAUCUCUGAUAUGUUGCCAGUAUUUUUGGCCAGAACAUCAGCCAAAGACACUUUGGACCUGACCUCUGACCUGCAACAACACAGAGCACAAGAGUCCUCCUGAAACCAUGUGACCCACGGGAAUCCUCUUCUGCAUGUACAGUGCGUACAGAAAUACAAGUAAAGAUAGCUGCAGAACACCUGCAGAUACUUUGACCAAAUCUAGGUCGAAUAGCUGUCCUAGAUAAUUCCAUGCGUAUGUUUUACGUUGAUUGGAACGCCGGAUGGGUGGAGUUUACUGCAUCAUAACAAUUAAACACAAGUAGCGGAUGGUGAGGAAAGUCACGUUACUCUGAUGCAUCGUCUGCCCUCCAUCCAGAGUCUCAAGAUAAUGAAAUACACUAGAGUACUUUGAAACACUUUACCAAAGGCGUGUCACUCGAUGUGUCGUCACAUGCACCUCAAGAAGUCAAAAUGUAUUUAGCAUUCAACGUUAUGAUUGAAUGAUAUUCAUUAAGAAGCACACUGAAGGACAUCCUCAUUAAUAAUCUCCUCAUACUCUGCCUGCUGGAGCUCUCCAUGCCUCCACAUCCCUCUUACCCUUCAGUUUGUCUCAAAAUGAAGAACGUGUAAUUAUCUUUAUAGCGUAAUUAUGUUUAUCAUUUGUAAAUGGAAUUACUAUUCAGUGCCACUUUUUUUUUAUAUAUAUUUGUGUGUUUUGAGAAAAAUAUAUCUUUGUGAUGGUUUUCAAUGUCAUUUAUAAAUUAGUUUAUUAUAUCC